AUGACAGAAUGCUUUAGUACUACACAGUCAAGCUUCGGUCCUGCGGUACCUACUCAAGGCCAAGACAACUAUUACACUGUCGAGAUGCCUGAGUGUCAAGACUGUGACUGCGCAGAUUGUGCAUACACCAACACAUAUACAACAACACUGGGUGUCUUUGCUCCAACAGGCAUCGCGCAACUUCCUUACUCGGUCAAGGAAGUAUAUCGGGGCAUGUCGGCUAUGCCAGCAGAUGUUACGCCGACUGCUGUCCCAUACGGCUUCACUUCUGGCGUCGAGACGUGCAACAACUGUGGAGAUGAACCCAUCACUGCAACUAUGACUUAUCCUCGCGGCGGUUCACCUUAUCAAGAAAGCGUGCCAACAGCAACACCAGCAGCUGAUAGCUCGUUCGAGCCUCCUUCGACGCUGCGCACUGAAGUCGCUGACGGCCCCAAGACUGCACGUCUGGAGAACACUAUUCUCGAGCACAAGGCCAUCGAGUACCAGGGUCAAGCAGACAGUUCCUCCAACUUUGCCGGGUUUAGCCUUGAGGGCGACUCAGACUCCGACUCUGAAUCAAAGAGCUCUGGUGGUUUAUCCAAGGACAUCAAAAACUAUGCCAAGAUGAGAGAUACAGCACCUUCACGGGACGCUGAUGGAGCUGCUAUGGGUAGAAAGCCACCAGCUAGAAUUGCCAUGGCUCUGCUUGUGCCUAUAGCGCUGCUAAUGUAA